AUGGCUCAUGAGAGAAUUGAAGCAACAAUUACAAGUUAUACAAAGAUGGCCGACCCUCAAACAACAGUAUUAACAACAAAAGAAGAUGAAGCAAAAAAAGCUACAACUACAACAAAUGGUUCAAAUGCAAAAAAAUUUGAAGGUGAAGGACUUCCAUUUAAAGCUAAACUUAUUGGUAUGGAAGAUUUAUCAGUUGAUCGUGAUGAAAAAAUUUGUCUCGAUUCAAUGUUUAAAUUAAAAGCUGUUGUACGUGCACGUGGUGAACAUAAACAAAAAGUUCAAUUAACUUUAACCAUGAGUGCUGUUAAAGUUAUUGAUGAAACAACCAAAGCACAAAUAGCUACUCAUGAAAUUGAACGUAUAUCAUUUGUUGUUAUUGAUCCACGUGAUACACGUGCAUUUGGAUAUAUUUAUAAUACAUCGGAUGAUCGUCAUCAAUUUUGGGCUAUUAAAACUGAACGAGCAGCUGCUGCAACUGUACUUGCACUUAAAGAACUUUUUGAAUUGGCUUUCGAACAAUAUACAAAUGCUGAAAAUGCUAAACAACCUAAUCAACCAACAGUAACAUCAACACAAGCACCAACAUCAAAUACACCUGCGUCACCUACAGUACAGACACCUCCAGUACAAGCACCACCACCAAAUGUUCCUGUUUCUACCCCAGAAGUAGAUCUUUUUGGUUCUUCACUACCAAAAACAACAACAACAACACCACUAUUGACUUCAGCACCGCCUCCUGCAGCUGCAACAGCAUCUCUUUUCGACGACAAUAUUUGGGAAACUACUCCUACUACAACGGUUACACAAACAACACAACCAUCAACUGAUAAUUUAUUUGCUUUCAGUGAACAACCUCCAACGGUUACACAACAACAACCACCCAAGACAGUUGAUAGUUUGGAUGAUUUAUUCAGUGGAAUGCCAACAGUACCUCAAUCAACAACUUCAACUGGACCUAGUAAUCCAUUAUUUGGUAUGUUUCCUAAUACUACGCCAACACCUGCUCCAGCACCAACUAAUCAAUAUAGCAAUUUUUAUGGUCAACCAACACAACAGAAUGUUUUAAAUGCUACUCCGGCAUUUAAUCAACCACAACCAAUGGCAUUUACACCAAUGUCUCCUCAACAACAACAACAACAACCGAAUUUAUUGAAUCCUUCUCCUGUAUCACCAGUUGCUCCACCAACAGUAACUAGUCCAUUUGCUGGUCUUGAUAUUUUGGGAGGUCUAUCAGCACCAUCAACAACAGCAGCAAAAACAACACGAGACGCAUUUUUUCCUCAGGCAGCAUCAGCUAAAACAAUUCAACAAAUGCAAAUGGAAAAACAGUCUUAA